AUCUACUUGCCUCCGGAGUGGUAGGCAGUGUGAUCAAGUCAAUAUAUGGCGAAGGCCUAGAAAUAUGCAGGUAGGGAGUGCUCGGGUAACCCUCGACGUUCACUCAGUCUUCUCUACUAAUGGCAGGCGACCAUUUUCCAGCCCAGUAUCGUCCCAAGGAGACUGCACUCGAGAUCUUCUCCGAGCAUACAUGGCUCCAAGGCGCUUUCCUUGCAGCUGUCGCCUACGGUAUUCAGUUUGUCCUCUACGUGAUGGCCAGUUACCUGCUCUGGAUGCACCGUCACCAGAACAAAUCCAAAUCGCACAAGAAUAUCUUCCUCAUCCUGUAUAUCUCGAUUAUUUUUACCCUCUCCACACUCUACAUGGCCGGCCUGCUGCAGUUCACUCAGGAAUCCUUCAUCGAUGGUCGAAUGAUUGAAGGCGGCCCGAACGUCUUUGAGAAUGACAUGUUCUCCCUCCCAGUGGACAUGCUUGCCAAUGUGAUCAUGGUCUUGCUCAGCUGGUUCUGCGACGUUAUUAACGUCUGGCGUUGUUAUGUGAUUUACAAAGGUGGUAGAGUCCCGCCCUGGGUCGUGCUACUCAUACCCAUUCUCCUUUACUUCGCAUCCAUAGCCUUUGGAAUCUUGUUCUUGAAACAAGUAGGCACGGUAUCCCAGUCGCCUUGGGAUACCUCUGGAAUCAAUUUCACGAUUCCUUAUUACACUAUGUCCCUGGCUUUGAACAUCCUCGUCACGCUCCUCAUUGUCCUGCGUCUCUUGAUCUACCGUCAUCGGAUCACCAGAGCCAUGGGUCCAAUGCAUGGCUCUCACUACACCUCGCUCGUGGCUAUGGUCGUCGAAUCAGCCGCUAUUUACUCUACGUUCGCGCUCUGCUUCUUGGUACCAUUCGCAGUCAACAGUCCCGUGGCUCAGCUGUUCUUGCAAGGGCUAGCUCAAAUACAGGGCGUCUCUACAUUCCUCAUCAUCUUCCGUAUCGCUCAAGGCAAGGGUUGGUCUCACGAUGCGUACACCAACGCCAUGACAGCCUCCACUACUACUGGUGUUGCAACCCACACUAUCGGUGGCACUCAAAGGGUACAAUUCCAGCACUUAAAGUCCAAGUCUAGUAGCUUCGGCUCAGGUGAACGGAGCACGGGAACGAACGAGGAUCCCAUAAUGCUCAAGGAGAUGCAGCAGAUUUCUUCGAGUUCCUCUGACCGUGAAGGUGUUAAGGUUUCAAAGUCCGUCUUGGUCCAGGAGAGCGUUUGAGGAUUGCCUGUGUAUCUUGGCCCCAUGUACUUUUUUAGUUUACAUAUGUACUUACUUUGCUGUGAUAUAUAAUUAACGUGAUAUGACACUAGCCCCGACCACUUACAAAAAAAUACAUUUGUCGGGGG